GGGACAGACCGACAAGAAAGACAGCAACAGAAAGUGAAACCCCAGCAAAACCGUGUGCCAAGCACUCGUCGCAGCGAUGAAGUCCUAUGUCCUCCUAUCCCUUCUCGCGACUCUAGGGGCCCGCGCCGCGGACCUCGGUCCCAAGCAGAACCGUACUUGGGGCUGUUAUGGCUCGUUGGAUGGCGGCGACUUCAACGACCCUAGGACGUGGAUAGUGCACGACUAUCAGUCCGCCCAACAAUACUGCAGGACCGAGGGCCAUACAUUGGCCGCUUUCAAGGGCACCGGAGUCGGUACCUGUGGCGACCAAAUGCCCCCCGAUAGCGCCCUCGUCGACGACGCUCAGUGCGACCAGCCCUGCUACGCCAAUGAGACCAACGUCUGCGGUGGUAACAAUGCAUGGAUCGUCAUAGUGACAGCCAAGGAGGCCAGCGGCUUUCCCUUAUUACCGGGUCCUUCAUCGACAUCUUCCACACCGGGACCUACCAUUGCCCCGAGCCCUACCAGCACCGGUGCUGCCGUCCCCAGGGACAUUGCGAGCCUCGGCGGUCUGGGUGUUGCUUUGGGCCUUGGAGUCCUUGGUGGCGUUUGGUUGUCAGUCAGGAUUCGAGUACCAAAGUUAGAUAGUUAUAAGGCCACAUUUGGGAAUGCCUGCAACGUCUACUGUGAGAAGGAUGUGAUUGGCUAUUCGGCGCAACGUCGAGGAAUUCUCUUGAGACGUCAAAGUGUGCUCACUACCUCAAAGAUUGGAAUAUGA